CAUUCAUUCUGCUCCCUAGACCCGGAAAAGUAACGGUUUUGACGUGUGUGUGUGUGCAUGGCACAGUGUGUUUCCGGUAUAACGUGUGUGUUCAUCGGUGCUCAGCCUUUUUCUCUUGGCUUUCAGUAGAAGAGUCACUUCAGAGUCCCGGCUCCCUUACCUGGUCACCCCCUAACGGCUUUAUUUCUCCAACCGGUGGACAUGGCAUCAGUUUCGGCACAAGCUCAGGCAGCCCCCGCUCCGGCUGCUCCGCUGCAACGAGGAAUUGUCAAGAUGGUUUUGUCAGGCUGUGCCAUCAUUGUUCGGGGCCAGCCUCGAGGCGGCCCGCCCCCAGAGCGUCAAAUCAACCUCAGUAACAUCCGGGCGGGGGCCAUGGCCCGCCGAGCUGCCCAGAGCCAGCCCGACACCAAGGACACCCCUGAUGAGCCAUGGGCCUUCCAAGCCAGAGAGUUCCUGCGGAAGAAACUAAUCGGUAAAGAGGUGUGCUUCAACGUUGAAAUCAAGACUGCUUUGGGCAGAGAGUAUGGCAUGGUCUACCUAGGGAAAGACACAACAGGCGAGAACAUUGCCGAGUCUCUGGUGAAUGAGGGCCUCGCCACUGUCCGCAGGGAAGGAAUCAGAGGGAACAAUCCAGAGCAGGCCAGACUCUGUGAAUUGGAGGACCAGGCCAAGGCUUCCAAGAAGGGCAUGUGGAGUGAGGGUGGCGGAACACACACCAUCCGUGACAUCAAGUACACCAUGGAGAAUCCCCGCAACUUCGUUGACUCCAUGCACCAGAAACCUGUCAACGCCAUUAUUGAGCAUGUGCGUGACGGCAGUGUUGUUCGUGCCCUGCUCCUCCCAGACUACUACCUGGUCACCGUCAUGCUGUCUGGAAUCAAGUGCCCGACAUUCAAGCGGGAGGCGGAUGGUACAGAAACUCCAGAGCCAUUUGCAGCAGAGGCCAAGUUCUUCACAGAGUCACGUCUACUGCAGAGAGAUGUGCAGAUCAUCCUGGAGAGCUGCCCUAACCAGGUCAUACUGGGCACCAUCCUGCACCCGAAUGGUAACAUCACAGAGCUGCUGUUGAAGGAAGGCUUUGCCCGCUGUGUAGACUGGUCCAUGGCUGUCUAUACCCAGGGAGCUGAGAAACUUCGAGCUGCUGAACGAUCUGCUAAAGAGCGCAAGGUCCGCAUCUGGAAAGACUAUGUGGCGCCCACAGCCAACUUGGACCAGAAGGACAGACAGUUUGUGGCUAAGGUGAUGCAGGUGGUCAAUGCUGAUGCCAUGGUGGUCAAGCUCAACUCUGGAGAAUACAAGACUAUCCAUUUGUCCAGCAUCCGGCCCCCAAGGAUUGAGGGAGAGGAGAAGAACAAGGACAAAGACAAACGUUUCCGUCCGCUCUAUGACAUCCCCUACAUGUUUGAGGCCCGUGAGUUCAUGAGGAAGAAGCUGAUCGGGAAAAAGGUCAACGUGACAGUGGACUACAUUAGAGCAGCGACUGGCGCAGGAGAAAGCACCCCUGCAUUCCCAGAACGCACCUGCGCUACAGUCACAAUUGGCGGCAUUAACAUAGCGGAGGCUCUGGUCAGUAAAGGCUUGGCCACAGUCAUCAGAUACAGACAGGAUGACGACCAGCGCUCUUCCCACUACGACGAACUUCUGGCUGCUGAGGCACGGGCCAUCAAGAAUGGAAAAGGGCUGCACAGCAAGAAGGAGGUUCCCAUCCACAGAGUGGCUGAUAUCUCUGGGGAGACGCAGAAAGCCAAGCAGUUCCUGCCCUUCCUCCAGAGAGCUGGCCGUUCAGAGGCAGUGGUAGAAUAUGUCUUCAGUGGCUCCCGCCUCAAGCUCUACAUGCCCAAAGAGACCUGCCUCAUCACCUUCCUCCUUGCCGGUAUUGAAUGUCCACGCGGCUCCAGGAACGUGCCUGGGGGGAUGCAGGUGGCAGAACCCUUCAGUGAUGAGGCCAUGCUGUUCACUAAAGAGUUGGUGCUGCAGAGGGAGGUGGAAGUUGAAGUUGAGAGCAUGGACAAAGCAGGGAACUUCAUUGGCUGGCUGCACAUUGAAGGUGUGAACCUGUCAGUCGCACUGGUAGAAAAUGCUCUGUCCAAAGUUCACUUUACAGCCGAACGCAGCUCCUACUACAAGACCCUGGUGUCUGCAGAAGAGGCCUGUCGCCAGAGGAAAGAGAAAAUCUGGGCCAACUAUGAAGAGAAGCCAGUGGAGGAGGUGGUGCAUCUGUCAGAGGAGAAGGAGCGCGUUGCCAACUACAGAUCAGUCUACGUCACCGAGAUCACCGAUAGCCUGCACUUCUACACCCAGGAUGUAGAGACAGGAGGUCAGUUGGAGAGUCUGAUGGAAACCAUGAGGGCAGAGAUUGCUGCCCAGCCACCUGUAGAGGGAUCCUACUCCGCACGCCGAGGGGACCACUGCAUCGCCAAGUUCGCAGAUGGAGAAUGGUACAGAGCCAGAGUGGAGAAAGUUGAGUCACCGGCAAGGGUUCAUGUGUUCUACAUCGACUAUGGCAACAGAGAGAUUGUAUCGUCCACCCGUCUGGCUGCCAUGCCCCCUGCCUUCAGCACCAGGACCCUGCCAGCACAGGCCACCGAGUAUGCCUUCGCCUUCAUCCAGGUCCCACAAGAUGAGGACGCCCGUGCAGAUGUGGUGGACAGUGUGGUGCGGGACAUCCAGAACAGCCAGUGCCUGCUGAAUGUGGAAUACGCUGGCGCCUCAUGCCCCCAUGUGACGCUACAGUUUGCCGACACUAAGGAAGAUGUUGGCCUUGGCCUGGUCAAGGAGGGCAUGGUCAUGGUGGAUGUCCGCAAGGAGAAGCACCUGCAGAAGAUGGUGACAGAGUACCUGAACGGUCAAGAGUCUGCCAAGAGUGCCAGGCUCAACAUUUGGCGCUACGGAGACUUCCGCGCAGACGAUGCCGAUGAGUUUGGCUACAGCCGCUAAAGAGGGGGGAGAAAAAGAAGCCACCCAUGACCAUCCUACCAACACCAUUCCAAAGACCAACAUGGAAGACGAGAGAUGCAUUCGACAGAAGACAAAGCAAAAGAAUGAUCGAAAACUAAACAAAACUAAACGACAAGCAUUGACACUCUCUUCCUUUUUAUUCAACAUUUCAUCCCUCCAGUCCUGUCUUCUCUUUUGCUCAUACCUUUUUUUUCCCCAGCUAGCCCUUCUAACUCCAAAAAGAGCAUGCUAGCGAUGCUUUGAAAAAAAUAAAUAAAUAAACAAACAAACAAACAAAAAAACUCAUGCACAACAGUGACUUUCCAUUCACCCAUAAUGUUCCUCCGGGCCACUGCCAGUUCAAGCAGCCUGCACUAUUGCCAAUCUGUGUUAAUUGCCAUGUUACCUUUUCAGCAGACUUCCUGUUUGACUGAUAUUGUAAUGAUCCCUUUCAGCCAAUCUUGUUCUUUGCUCUGACACCCUGAGCCAAUCCCUGCUCUCCUCUGUACAGGAAGGGAUUGUGUUUCUGGGGGACAACGUUGGAUUUUUGCAAACAAUGCUUCCCUAAUGAAUGAAAUGUAAAUGUGAGGAUAUGUUGAAAAGUGUAAAUGGAGUUUAUUUUAGAGAAAUACAGUAGGUGGAGCCACACAGAAGAAAAAAAACACAAAAAAGGAUGAGUUUAUUUUUGUCUUUGAUGUAUAUCUGUGUGAUAAUGACAUUUGCCGAUGUUUAUGUAGGCGGUGUUUUGUCGUUUAUUCUAUAUAUCACUCUUUUAUGACCAGAAAAUAUGGACGCCUUGAUAUGGCAUUUAUCAUGAUCAUCAUCUCUCUUUCUCUCUCUCUCUCUCUCUCCUUCUGUAAUGUUUACAUUCUAAUGGUUAUGAUCUUGUCUUUGGCAGUCUUUCUCUUCUCUCUGUCUCUGUACGCCAUAGCAGAAACAGUGUUUCAAUUUGUUUCCUUAUAAUGGACCUUUGCAUUGUAUUAAAAAUCUGCUGAAUAAAAAUAAGCAAAUUA